AGACAUCUGAAGAGAUUACAGGCUUUCCUGCCAAAGGAAGAUGAAGAAGGUGGUCAAGGACACUCGAGCACAUUUAACUUUUUCUACUAUGGAUUUAUUUGCUGGGCCAAAACUUCUGGAUUUUAAGAAUUCACCACCACAUCUUCAGUUCAACAAGUAUGUCCUGACAGGAUACCGGCCUAUAUCCACUUACAGAGACUGUCUGCGAAGUUUGUUCUAUCUGCAUAAUGAAUUUGGGAACAUCUAUACACAUGGUAUCCCCUUCAUCUGUUUUUUGCUGUUUUUGCCUGUGAGUAUCCCAUGGGCUGAAGUUGAUGAGUGGUGGAUUGGUGUGGUGCAUUAUCUGGCUUGUCUGUCUCCCACUGUUUGUUCAGUCUUCUACCAUCUCUUCAUGAAUCAUGAGGGUGGAGCGCCUAUUUAUGACACACUGCUGUGCUUCGACAUGGUUGGCGUCUGUCUUGUCAACACUCUUGGUGCUCUGCCAAUCAUUUACAUAACUUUGUUGUGUUACCCAUCUUCCCGUCGUGUGGCGAUGUUGGCAUAUCUCCUCCUCUCUGGCUAUGGUGUUCACUGCGCUGUCACUGCACGAAGUAAUGUGCACCGCCUGCAAUCUUUCGCCUGGCAGGCGUUCUUCCGCUUCCUUCUCUUUAUGUUGCGUCUGACUGGCACAGGCAGAGGAAGCCCCGGCUCCCUUCGUCUCUACUUCACCAUGGAUGCUCUGGCAUUGCUAGGAGGACUCGUCAAUAUUUCCCGCCUGCCUGAGCGUUUCAGUCCCGGACGGUUCGACUACUGGUUAAAUAGUCACCAAAUAAUGCACAUCAUGGUCAUCCUGUCCAUUCUGUACUUACACUGGGGCAUGCUGGAGGAUUUAACAUGGUUAAAGGUACAUCACUGUCCUGGUGAAUAAACUUGCAGACUGAUAUGUCAUGAUAUUUAAAGAAAUCUCAGUGUGAUGGUGGUCAUAUCAAGCGUCAUAUCAAAUGCAAUGGUACUUUCUUUGGUAUACUAUAUCCUAUUUACAUCUACAAAAUGAGAGAUGAAUUUCCACAGAUGGGCACACAACCUUUGAUGUCAAUGACAAUAUAUGGAAAGAGUCCCUUUUCUUUUAAAAGUUGAUAGGCCUAUAUAUUAUGCACGCACAAUUAUAUGGUUAGUUGAAUUGUACACAAUUUGCAUUCAGCACUGUUUUUCACUGCUGGCUACAGCCAUAUCAGAACAGACCUAUUUUUGAGUUGAGAACCAAAGAAUACCAUUGUACAAAUCCUAAAAAUAUAUUAUAUAUAUAUAUAUAUAUAUAUAUAUAUAUAUAUAUUGUAAAGCCAUACUGGUGUGUACAUUUUUGGUGAAGUUUUUGGCAAGAUAUUGUUAAAAAAUGAAAUAAGAUGUAGUGAAGGGAAACCCCAAUACAAUGUGAAAUGAUAAUCUUUGAAUGCACUUUAUGCUUCCAAGGUUCAGAAAUUCAAUCCAGAAGACUGUAUCCUGGAGCAUUACUGCUGGCAAACUUGAUUUCUAUUUAAAAGGUGCUAUAAAUGUGAAAUAUGAAAUGUAUAUCAAUAUAAAAUAUUUGAAUUAAACAAGCUGGACUUGAAAGUCUUUCUCUGUAACUCACUGAAGUAAUCUAGGCACGCUUAGUGAAAGUUUAUAAAGCACGUACUCUCAUAUUUUCAACAGUGCAGUAUUUUUCAUUUUAGACAUUGAUGAUGACAAAUUGUGUGGCUUGUUGAGGUGUGCUAUUAUUUCUUGAACUUAUGAUAAAGACUAGAAAACGGGCAAAAAUACAGAACAGAAAGUCACGGAAACCUGUGGAUGUGCUCUUCUACUCAUUCAGCCACCCAGCAACACCUUAGCAUCAUGACCAGUGUUGGGAAAAGUCACUUUUAAAAGUAAUGCAUUACAAAUAUUGCAUUACUCUCUAAAAAAAAAGUAACUAACUGUGUUACUUACAUUACUUUUGAGUUACUUUUUUUUCCACCUGGGCUCAGCUUGCUUGUUUUUUAAUAACAACAAAAAAAGUUAUAAAUGUUAAGGCCCUUUCACACCAAAAGUGAAAUGAAUAAGCCUCAGGCUGAAGGAAAUGCAUAUUUAUGCCAGUACAGUAGAGGGCGCAGCUCAAACAAACCUUUUAGCUCUGCUGCCAUUCUGGAUUAAAGAACAAUUGGAUACAGGAGAAGGAAGUUCAACACUCCUAUUUCUAAAUCAAAUUUAAAGUAAUUUUUGCUUAUUAGUAUGGUGGAAUUAGAUCAUUGAAGGUCAGCAGCAAAGACAUUCGUAAAUAAAGUGAGAUUAAAUACAUAAAGUAUAUUUGUGUAAUUUAAUAUAGUUAAUUAUUACAGGUUUGCAUAAAAUUCUGAGAUUGCACACUGUUUUUUUUUUUUUUUUUUAAUGAAUAAUGAAUGUUUUUGUGCAAGUGAGAUGAAUAAAUGCACGUUCACAUUUAGAACUACAAUAACCAUCGAGCGCACACAAUGCCUCUGCACUUUAUUUCUCUCAACAUGGGGACAGGAGAGCUGUCAGUCAAUAAAUGUGAAAAAAGCAACAUAUUUUGUUGUAAAUUGAAAAAGUAAUGAGUUACUUUACUAGUCACUUGGGAAAAGUAAUCCGAUUAUGUAACUCAAGUUACUUGUAAUGCGUUACCCCCAACACUGAUCAUGACUGACUUUUCACACAGGAAACUGAAGAUGAAAUUCUGAACCAAGCAGAAAACAUUUAAAAUACACUAUGAACUUAUAUCAGCACAUACAACUAAAAUAUAGUACUUUAUGAAGAAGCACAAAAUAAUGGAGUCAACUACUCACACACUCCUUUGGGGAAAAAAAAAAAAAAGAAAAAAAAAAAAAGGAGGUCUGAUUAUGAUUGUCGUCAUUUGGAAAAAAAAAAAAAAAAAAAAAAAAAAAAUUAUUUUGUUUUUUUACAUUUUGUCUGAAUUAUUGUAAUUUCACCUAUAAGCACAAGCCCAAGAGAAUGUCAGUUCAUACACGUGUUUUAUUUUAUUUAUUUACUCAUCUAUUUCCUUGAAUUUUUUUAAUAUGAUUUAUUAUAUAAAUAAACAAGCUCUACAUUAUGACAACUAGUAAAACUCAAAAGCUAAAACAGUGAAAUUCUUAUUAAUUCCAAAUUAGGUUUUUCCUAUUGAAACAAUAAGACUUUGUGUUGUCACAGAUCGGUUGCGCAAGUGCAUUUAUUCUGCAACCACACUAGCAAACAACAUAGUUAAGAUUCAUGUUUGGAUUUAUUACAGUUCAUCACCAAGAAGGUUUGAUUGCAGAUUUAGCCAAAGCAAUCAACACAAGCGGCUCAUGAAGGAACACAGACUGGCUGUAUUACACUUUCAUUUGAGCAGAAUAUCACAAUGGAACUCCAACCUAAGUUUUUCCACAGUGUAGAGAAAGCGUGCGAGCAUGGUUGCCAGGUUGCAAUGAUUAAGUAAGAGACACAGGGCAGAAAAUGUAUUCAUCUAGGAAAAGCUCAGAUUUUGGGGAUUUAAACUCAACAUUUGGCAACCCCAAUCAUGAAAGCUCGUGGAGGCUUGAUAAAAA